GCAUCUAGCGAUCCUGAUUUCCUAAACCGAUUUUCAACUUCCUUUUGAGGCAAGUCUGUCCCUGCAGUAACCACAGUUCUUAGCAGGGGAGAACUGGAUGGUGCUGAACUUCUCUGCGUCUCAGAAAGAUCCAAACCAUGAGACUAUCAGCAAGAAUUAUUUGGCUUGUAUUAUGGACUGUUUGUGUAGCAGAAGAUUGUAAAGGUCCUCCUCCAAAACAAUAUACAGAAAUUCUGACAGGUUCUUGGCCUGACAAACCAUAUGAAGAAGGUAUUCAGGCUACCUACAAAUGCCGCCCUGGAUUCCGAACACUUGGGACUAUUGUUAGAGUAUGCAAGAAUGGAGAAUGGGUGGCUUCUAACCCAUCCAGGAUAUGUCGGAAAAAGCCAUGUGGGCAUCCUGGAGAUACACCCUUUGGGUCCUUUAGGCUGGCAGUUGGAACUGGGUUUGAGUUUGGUGCAAAGGUUGUUUAUACCUGUAAUGAUGGGUAUCAGCUCUUAGGUGAGAUUGAUUAUCGUGAAUGUGAGGCAGAUGGGUGGACCAAUGAUGUUCCAUUAUGUGAAGUUGUUAAGUGUUUGCCGGUGACAGAACCCGAGAAUGGAAGAAUUGUAAGCGGUGCAGUGGAACCGGACCAGGAAUAUUAUUUUGGACAGUUGGUGCGCUUUGAAUGCAACACAGGCUUCAAGGUUGAAGGACAGAAGGAAAUACACUGCUCCGAAAAUGGCCUCUGGAGCAGUGAGAAGCCAAGAUGUGUGGAAAUUUCCUGCACACCACCAGAAAUUAAAAAUGGAAAUGGUAUAUUUAAUAAACCAGUUUACAAGGUGAAUGAAAGGUAUCAAUAUAAAUGUAACCGAGGUUUUCAUUUCAAAGAAAGAGGGGAUACUGUCUGCACAGCUUCCGGAUGGAAUCCUCAGCCUUCCUGUGAAGAAAUGACAUGCAAACCUCCUUAUAUUCCAAAUGGUUUCUACUCACCUCAGAGGAUCACACACAGAGCUGAUGAUGAAAUCACAUACGGAUGUAAAGAAGGCUUCUAUCCUGCAACCCAGGAAACAGUCGUAAAGUGUACAAGUACUGGCUGGAUUCCUGCUCCAAGAUGUGGCUUGAAACCUUGUGCUUUUCCACAAAUCAAAAAUGGAUAUCUAGAAAAUGAAGAGAGACACAGACCCUACUUCCCAGUAUCUAUAGGCAAGUGGUUCUACUAUCGCUGCAAUGAUGGAUUUUUGGCUCCUUCGAGGAAUGACUGGGACCGCAUUUACUGCACUGGACAAGGCUGGGAGCCUGCAGUUCCAUGCCUCAGACAAUGUGUUAUCUAUAAAGUGGAGAAUGGGGAAUCUUCAUACUGGCAAAGAUCAUUCAUACAGGACCAGUCUGUAAAAGUCAAGUGUUACCCUGGCUACAGUCUUCCAAAUGGUCAAGACACAGUUACAUGUACAGAGAACGGCUGGUCACCUCAACUCAAAUGCAUCCGUGUCAAGACAUGUUCAAAGGACAGUAUAGAGAUUGAGAAUGGGUUUCUUUCUGAAUUUGAUCGUACAUAUGCUCUAAACAGAAAAACACUUUAUAGGUGCAAACAAGGAUAUGUAACAGCAAAUGGAGAAACAUCAGGAACAAUUACCUGCCUCCAAAAUGGAUGGUCAGCUCAACCCUCAUGUAUCAAGUCUUGUGAUAGGCCUAUAUUUGAGAAUGCUGAAACUAAAAAUAAUAGCACGUGGUUUAAACUCAAUGAUAAAUUAAACUAUGAAUGCCAUAUGGGAUAUGAAAACAAAUAUAAACAUACUAAGGGCUCCAUAACAUGUACAUAUGAUGGAUGGUCUGACAUACCUUCAUGCUAUGAAAGAGAAUGCAGCAUCCCCUUACUAUCACCACACUUAUUCGUCAAUCCCAGGAAUGACAAAUAUAAAGUUGGAGAUUUGUUAAAAUUGUCUUGCCAACAAGGACACAGAGUUGGACCAGAUUCAGUGCAAUGCUACCACUUUGGAUGGUCUCCUAGUUUCCCAAUAUGUAAAGUAGAUAAAGUAGGAUCAUGUGAUCAACCUCCUGAACUCCUCAAUGGGGAAGCUAAGGAAACAAAGAAAGAAGAAUACAGCCAUGAUGAAGUGGUGAAAUAUGAUUGCAAGCCUGGAUUUCUCCUGAAGGGACCCAAUAAGAUCCAGUGUGUUGAUGGGAACUGGACAACAUUGCCGAUGUGUCUCACUUCUUGUAAUUGUUUUUAUUUUUCCUGGAAUUAUUUUCACAUAGCAACAGAUCAACUGGAGAAGUGUAAAGCACCACAGGUAACUGGCGUGGACAGAAUUCAAUCCAAUAAGAAAGAAUUUCAUCAUAAUGUUAGCUUGGGUUACAAAUGUAGAGGAAAGAAGGAGUAUAAACACUCAACCUGCAUCAAUGGAAGGUGGGAUCCUGAGCCAAACUGUAGAGAGAAAGAAUCCUGCCCUCCUCCACCACAGAUUCCAAAUGCCCAAGUGAUGAAAACCACAGUGAAAUACAAGGAUGGAGAAAAAGUAUCUGUUCUUUGUCAAGACAAUUACAUAAUACAGGACACAGAAGAAAUGGUGUGCAGAGAUGGAAGGUGGCAGUCAUUACCACGAUGCAUUGUGAAAAUUCCAUGUUCCCAGCCCCCUGAGAUAGACCACGGAUCUAUUAAAUUACCCAGAGUGUCAGAAGAAAGGAGAGACAGAGUGGAGUCCAGAAUUCAUGAGCACGGCACUACACUCAGCUAUGUUUGUGAGGAUGGAUUUAGAAUGGCUGAGGAACACGGGGUAACCUGCAACAUGGGAAAGUGGAGUACUCCACCACGUUGUGUCGGACUUCCUUGUGGACCUCCACCUUCAAUCGAGCAUGGUAUUGUGACUCAUGAACUAGACAGUUACCAACAUGGAGAAGAGGUGACAUACAGUUGUGCUGAAGGCUUUGGAAUUGAUGGACCAGCAUUGAUUAAAUGCUUAGGAGGAAAGUGGUCCCAGCCACCCACUUGCAUGGUAACAGAUUGUGACAAUUUGCCCAGGUUUGAAAAUGCCAUACCCCAAGAAGAGGAAAAAUAUUCAUAUAGGUCAGGUGAACAAGUGACAUUCACAUGUGCACCUUCUUAUCAUAUGAAUGGGUCCAACAUUGUGACAUGUGUUAAUCGCGAAUGGAUUGGAGAAGUGGUAUGCAAAGACAAUUCUUGUGUGGAUCCACCACUUGUGAAAAAUGCUACCAUAGUAACAAGGCCCAUGGCUAAAUAUCCACCCAAUGCAAAAGUACGGUAUGAAUGUAAUAAAUCUUUUGAACUAUUUGGGGAAGUAGAAGUGAUGUGUCAAAAUGGGGUUUGGACAGAGCCACCAAAAUGCAAAGAUUCAACAGGGAAAUGUGGGCCUCCUCCACCUAUUGACAAUGGAGACAUCACCUCCUUCCCAUUGCCAGUAUACGCACCAUUAUCAUCAGUUGAAUACCAGUGCCAGUCCUUGUACCAACUGCAGGGCAACAAGAAAAUAACAUGUAGAAAUGGAGAGUGGUCAGAGCCACCAAAAUGUUUACAUGCAUGUGUAAUACGAGAAGAAAUCAUGGAAAGACAUAACAUAACUUUAAGAUGGAAAGAAAGGCAAAAGCUAUAUUCUCCAUCAGGGGAUGAGGUUGAAUUCCAGUGUAAAUAUGGAUAUAAAAAGAUAAAAACAUCACCUUCACUCCGUACAAAGUGCGUUGAUGGUCACAUCAGUUAUCCCAGUUGCUCAAAAUCACAUUAUUGGUUUAGCGGAUAAAUGAGUCUUUGUUUAGAAAUGUGCAUGAAUAUUAAUAAUGUAGUUUCAAAAAUUUAUAUUUGAAGCAUUGUUUAACUCACUUCUUCUUAUGAGUAUAAACUUGUAUUGAUAUAUGGUGAAAAAAUUGGAGCCUGAGAGAAAACUGCCUCAAAUGCAAAGUAGUUCACUCAAAACUCCUAAUGCAGAAUGGGCUGUGUUAGCACAAUAAUCAAUGCUAAUAAAAUAUAUGCAAUCACUUCAGUGUCUGUUUCUAUCCACCACUUUUCAAAUCUCUCCAAUCUUCCUUAAUACAUUUUGAUCUAAGACUCUGAUUAUUGAUGGACAAAAGUCAUAUUGUUUCAUCUUCAAAUUAGCAUUUAUCUCACAAAUAUGUAAUAAUCAAACUGUCAUACUUAAUAUUACCAAUGAAUAUAAAUAAUUGCUAAAUACUACUUUGUUUUAAUAAACAAAUCUAAGAAUCAUUUUGUGUGUGAAUUUCUGAAUAUGUUAAUUUGGCACAGUGACAUAUUCAGGCAGUUAAAAAAGGAAUUAAAAUUUAACUGGAUAUAGGGUUCUAUCACUGACAUAAACAUAUAAAUACUCUGUAUAACUGAUAAACAGGUAAUGAACAUGUACAUACUUUGUGGCUAAAUUAAUAAUGUAAAAUUAAUAAUAAAUAUAAUAAAAUUUAUUUUUAAAACCCA